CAAGCCUGAAACCACAGACACCUGUGAAAACAAACCCUGCCUGGAUGCUUGCUCACCAAUACUAUCUCUCUGUAUCUCUCUCAUCUCCUCCAGACCCAACUGUGAUGCUUCCUGACUGAUGAUGAUAUAACAGUGCUCAGAAGCCAGAAGGCUGCAUUUUCAGCUGAACAUACCUGAGUUGUCUCCAUCACCAUGGAAACCCGAAAAGACGAAGCUACUCUGGCCAAGGGAGCAGCAGCCUCUGUGGAUACCCAGGACCAAGGAGCAGAGAAAGGAGCCAAGAACAAGGCAGCUGAGACAAUAGAAGGGCCAGCGUCAGAGCCACCCUCAUCUGGCCCAGGUAGGCUGAAGAAAACUGCCAUGAAACUCUUUGGUGGCAAGAAGGGCAUCUGUACCCUGCCUAGCUUCUUUGGAGGGGGACGGAGCAAAGGUUCUGGGAAAAGCAGCUCCAAGAAAGGCAUUAGCAAGAGCAGGACCCAUGAUGGCCUGAGUGAAGCAGCCCGUAGCCAUGAAGACAUUGUCAGUGAAGGAACUGUCCUCUCCUUACCUUUGCCUGAGUCGCCCUGCCAACUUGCCAGUUCUCAGAGUGCCCAUGGGGCUUUGGAGACAGGCUCCAAAUGCAAGACAUCUAUAGCAGGAGCCAUAGAGAAAGCUGGGGCUGAGAGGGGGGUUUCCUCUGUGCCCAAGCCAAAGAAAGGACUGAAAGGUUUUUUCAGCAGUAUUCGCCGUCACCGGAAGAAUAAGGUCUCUGGUGCUGAGCAAAGUGAGCCAGGAGCCAAGGGGCCUGUGGAGCCCAGAGCCAGACCUCAUGAACAUGUGAGCUCAGUCCUUCUGUCCCAUGCUGAGGAAACCCUUCAAGACCCAAAAAAGGAAAAUGCCAAACCCCAAGAUAUCCCUGGGCCAAAAGUUUCUUCAGCAUCAGAGCCUUCUCCAGCAGCCAUUGAGAAGACAACCUGUAAAGAUUCAGAAAAACCCAUGAGAGUCUGUGACUCAGUGCUUCUGCAGCCCAAGCCUGCCCCUAAAACCAGUGGCCCAGAAGAACCCCAGAGCUCAGAAACAGGGGAUAAAGUGGUGGCAGGAGAUGUAAAUCCACUCAAUGGCCCUGUGGGGGACCAACUGAGCCUCUUGUUUGGAGAUGUCACAUCCCUGAAAAGUUUUGAUUCACUGACAGGUUGUGGUGACAUCAUAGCAGAGCAGGACAUGGACAGUAUGACAGACAGCAUGGCCUCUGGAGGCCAGAGGGCCAACCGAGAUGGGACCAAGCGAAGUUCCUGCCUGGUUACCUACCAAGGAGGUGGGGAGGAGAUGGCCUUGCCAGAUGAUGAGGAGGAGGAAGAAGAGGAGGAAGAGGAGGUGGAAUUAGAGGAAGAAGAAGAAGUCAAGGCGGAAGAAGAUGAUGACUUAGAAUAUCUGUGGGCAAGUGCUCAGAUGUACCCAAGACCCAAUCUGAAUCUGGGCUACCAUCCCACCACUUCACCAGGCCACCAGGGCUACUUGCUCUUUGACCCAGUUCAGUCUUAUCCUUGCUUAGCUCCUGGAGACCUUUUGACUCCUCAGAGUGACCAGCAAGAGUCUGCCCCCAAUAGUGAUGAGGGAUAUUAUGACUCAACCACACCUGGAUUUGAGGAUGAUUCAGGGGAGGCCCCAGGGCUUAUCCGAAGGGAUUGCCUGCCCCGAGACAGCUACAGUGGAGAUGCCCUCUAUGAAUUCUAUGAGCCAGAUGAUAGUCUUGAGAACUCCCCACCUGGGGAUGACUGCCUUUAUGACCUCCAUGGUCGCAGCUCUGAAAUAUUUGACCCCUUCUUGAACAUUGAGCCCUUUUCUUCCUCUCGGCCACCUGGUGCAAUGGAGACAGAAGAAGAACGGCUAGUGACCAUCCAGAAGCAGUUGUUGUAUUGGGAGCUUCGACGGGAGCAGCGAGAGGCCCAAGAGGCCCGCGAGGCGUGUGCCCGGGAGGCUAACACCAGGGAGGCCUAUACCCAAGAAACUCAUGCUAGGGAGGCUCAUGCUCGAGAGGCCCACACCCAGGAAACUCAUGUCAGAGAGGCCCGAGCCCGAGAGUCCUAUGCCAGGGAGGUUUGUGCCCGAGAGGCCUGUGCUAGGGAGGCCCAGGCCCGAGAGGCUCGUGCUCGAGAGGCCCAAGUCCGAGAGUUCCAGGCACGGCAAGAGAAGCCCAUCAUGGAGUAUCAGAUGAGGCCCUUAGGCCCAUCAGUGAUGGGCUUGGUGUCAGGGGCAUCAGGGGCUUCUCAGACUUCACACCGAGGAACCACGUCAGCUUUCCCUGCCACUGCAAGCAGCCAGCCAGACUGGAGGGACUUCCGUCCUCUGGAGAAGCGUUUUGAGGGAACCUGCUCCAAGAAGGAUCAAAGUACCUGCCUGAUGCAGCUCUUUCAGAGUGACGCUAUGUUUGAGCCAGACAUGCAAGAAGCAAAUUUUGGAGGCUCUCCCAGGAGGGCCUACCCUACUUAUUCACCCCCCGAAGAGCCAGAGGAAGAGGAGAUUGGGAAGGAAGGGAAUGCCACAGUGAGUUUCUCGCAAGCCCUUGUGGAGUUCACUAGCAAUGGGAACCUCUUCUCCAGCAUGUCCUGUAGCUCUGACACUGACUCAUCGUUUACUCAAAACCUCCCUGAGCUGCCCCCCAUGGUGACCUUUGACAUUGCGGAUGUGGAACGGGAUGGGGAAGGCAAAUGUGAAGAGAAUCCUGAGUUCCACAAUGAUGAGGACCUUGCAGCCUCUUUAGAAGCUUUUGAACUAGGCUACUACCAGAAACAUGCCUUUAACAACUACCGUAGCCGAUUCUACCAAGGCCUGCCCUGGGGUGUGAGUAGUCUCCCUCGAUACUUGGGACUGCCUGGCAUGCACCCACGACCUCCACCUGCUGCCAUGGCCCUCAACAGGAGGAGUCGCUCCCUUGAUACUGCAGAGACCAUGGAGCUGGAGCUAUCCAAUUCCCACCUGGCCCAGGGCUACAUGGAGUCUGAUGAGCUUCAGGCUCAGCAGGAAGAUUCAGAUGAAGAAGAGGAAGAAUGGGGCCGAGACAGUCCCUUGUCCCUCUAUACUGAGCCUCCAGGGGCCUAUGACUGGCCUGCCUGGGCUCCCUGUCCUCUCUCAGUGGGGACAGGCCCUGCCUGGAUAAGUACCAGUCAGUUAGAUGGGCCUUCUAGCCAGUCUCCAUAUGGGCAGGCAGCCUGUUGCAUACCUCCUGUGGCUAUGUCAGUAUUGCUGUCAGUAUCAGGGCCAGAGCCAAGGGGACCUGGGGAAUCUGGGCCUCAACUAGCUCGGCCUUCCCACCUACCCCUUCCCAUGGGCCCUUGUUAUAACCUCCAGCCACAUAGUGGGAGGGCCAGGCCUCGAGAUACGUUUCUGCCUACUGAUGAGCCCAGUUGCUCCUCCAGUUCUGGAGGCUUCAGCCCCAGCCCUCUGCCCCAGGUCAAGCCUGUGGGCAUCACCCAUGGCAUCCCUCAGCUGCCCAGGAUCCGGCCUGAGCCCCCACAGCCUCAGCCCAUCCACUAUGGGGCUUCCAGCCUUGACCUGUCAAAGGAGAAGGCUGAGCAAUGUGCCUCUCUUCCCACUAGCUACUCUUCCACUGCCAUGAAUGGAAACCUAGCUGAGUAGUCAUCAUCAAUUCUGGAGUGGGCGCAUGGGGCCUGAGCAUGGGAUUGGGGAUCAGGGGUUGGACAGAGGGGUUCAGAGGUGGGGGUUGCUGUUUAACUUGAAAAUCCUUUUGGCCAAGGAAAGCUCCUAUGAGUUUUCACCUGUUUUCCCACUUCCCUCUUCUGCCAUCUGGUCACAUUCAGCUCAAGUACAUCUGCCCCAGGAGGCUACUACU